GCAUGUAUUUUGAAAGUAUAGAUACUUCUUCCUAUUACAUUGAUAACUGAUACCAAAAUUCAACAAAAAGGUUCCAUAUCCUUCAGGGAACGUAUUAAAUCUAAGUGGAAGUGAAAAUGACCGCAUCUACUACGAAUCGUGAAGCCUUAGCUAUCCCUGCUCCUGGUGAUAGGUUUUGCAAGUCUGGGGUAGAAAGGGUGAUUCAGGAUGUUUGUAAGGAGUUACUCGGUGAGAAUUCUCGCUACGUCCCCGAGGAGGUGCAAUCCUUAAUUAAAGAUUUAGGGAACGAGAUUCAGCAGCGCAUAGUACGAUUGGGGUAUGAGCGGUAUAAAUUGAUUACACAUUGCGUUGUUACAGAGGCAGCAAAUCAAGGCCUGCGUGUGUGUUCACGGUGCCUUUGGGAUCCGGAUGCGGACAACUACGCGCGGUAUACCUUUACCAAUCAGUUCAUGCAUGUUAAUAUCGUCGUGUUUGGCAUAUACUGGGGUUGAGGAGGGUACCAAUUCUAUUUUGAGGAGAACGCAUAUCAAUAGGUGCAUUGGUUUCUCUUUUCUCCAUAUACAUCUAUAUGUAUAUGUUUACCGAAACUCUUCAAUGUAUAAUAAUUGAAAAAAAAAAA